UGGACGACGUCGAGGCAAGCCUUGAACGUCGUCGGCCUGCCUGCCUGGCGACAUAACCACCGCACCUGAGCCGGGCGCGGAAUCGCCCGCUUUCCAGAUUAUUGACUUUUCGAUAUCCAACGUUUUUCCACCCAUCCGUUGAGCCGCAGGCGUGUAGAUACAUUCCCACCAGACUCGAUGCUUGCCCCAGCGACCCCCGCGCGACGGACGGUCCGCGGUUUCAACGGAACUCCGGUGGUCUCCGGCGACGAAGACUCGGAUUGCUGCCCUUCGGCGCAGCCUGGGAAGAAGGGCCGUGCCAAGCGGGCCGCGAAGUCCCACGUCAUCGACGAUGUUGUCAGCGCGAAUUGCAGUCCGGCCCUCAAGCCGGUCGUUCCCCCGGGCGGCAUGAGUGGCAUAGGCAGGCUGCGCAUGCAACUGGAGGGGCUGAAUAUAGGGACCGACACCACUACCACGGCCGCAUCAUCGCGCACCGCCUCGCUGACCUGCAGCGAGACCGUUCGCUCGCCUGCGCUCGGGAACCUACACGACAGCGGCUACAAGAGCGGCAGCGGAAGCGGCGCCACCAGCGAUGCAGAGUCGACGUCGGAGCGCAGCACUCGGUAUGAGAUCAACCUGGAGAGCGACUUCGCGAGCGAAGCCAACGGACGCGCCACCGAGGACACCGUUCGCCCGCCUCGUAAGAUGACGGCGGCGGAUUUUGAGCCUAUCCGGUGCCUGGGCAAGGGCACCUACGGGACAGUCUUGUUGGUCAAGCAGCGCUCGACCGGGCGGCUGUAUGCCCAGAAGCAAUUCAAGAAGGCGUCUCUGGUCGUGCACAAGAAGCUCGUGGAGCAGACCAAGACGGAGCGCCAGAUCCUCGAGAGCGUCAACCGGCACCCGUUCGUCGUCAAGCUCUACUACGCCUUCCAGGACCAGGAGAAGUUGUACCUGAUCCUCGAGUACGGCCAGGGCGGCGAGCUCUUCACCCAUCUUAGCACGGAGAGGAUGUUCUCCGAGGAGACCGCAGCCUUCUACAUGGCUGAGAUGGUCCUGGCGCUGAGCCACCUGCACGACAACCUGGGCGUCGUGUACCGCGACCUCAAGCCCGAAAACUGCCUGCUCGACGCGCAGGGCCACCUCCUCCUCACGGACUUCGGCCUCUCCAAGGUGGCCGUCGACGACGCAGACGCCUGCAACUCGAUGCUCGGCACGGUCGAGUACAUGGCGCCCGAGGUGAUCCUCGGCAAGAAAUACGGCAAGGCAGUCGACUGGUGGUCGCUCGGGGCGCUGGGGGUCGACCUGAUGACGGGCCACCCGCCGUUCCGGGGGCCGAACAACGCCAAGAUCCAGGACAACAUCGUGCGGCAGAAGCUCUCGCUGCCUUUCUUCCUCAGCCCGGAUGCCAAGGACCUGCUCACACGCCUCCUGCGCAAGGACCCGACCAAGCGGCUCGGCUACAACAUGCCCAAGGACCUGACCACCAUCAAGAAGCACCGCUUCUUCCGCAAGAUCGACUGGAAGAGCCUGGCCGCCCGCGAGCUCGAGCCGCCCAUCCGGCCGCUCAUCACGGACCCGGAGCUGGCCGAGAACUUCUCGCCCGAGUUCACCGAGCUCAGCCUCAGUCCCGUCGUGACGCGGUUCGCCGAUGCGGGUGAUGACGGUUUCUGGGGCAGCGACGGGCGCGGCGGCAGCGGCGCGAGGGAGGUUAAGGACGAUCCCUUUGGCGGCUUCAGCUUCGUUGCGCCCAGCAGCCUCCUGGAGAACCACGGCUUUGGGAUCUCGGCUUGAAAAAUUGCGAGAGGCGUGCUGCUUGCACGGCUGCCCUGAGCAGCACAGAGCUUGGGAAUUGGCUUCUAGAGUAAAGAAGGAGAGUAAUAGUUGCUUUGGUGGCAUAUGCUUAGAGGCGACCUGGCAGGCGGGGCCUGCGGAGUGCGGGAUGGAGUUUGGCGUUGAUUGGGUGCUCGGUAUUCUUGGAGAAGGGAGGCAAGGACAGGAGGUGCUGCUUUUCGAUUGCUCAUGGCUG